AUGGCUCACCAGGAGAUCUCGCCAGCAAUUCUUUACUGGGGGACGCCAGUAGUGUUGAUUAGUUCCACGAACCCUGACGGAAGUGCCAACAUAGGCCCUAUGUCAUCAGCUUGGUGGCUCGGGCACGGUUGCAUGCUUGGACUCGACGCUUCUUCGCAAACCACGCAGAACAUGCUUCGCACGAAGCAGUGUGUGUUGAAUCUGGCUUCAGACGAUAUGGCAGCGAAUGUCAACGCAUUGGCGCGAACCACUGGCACUGACCCAGUCCCGGGCCCGAAACAGGACAGAGGCUAUGAAUUUGUCAAGGACAAGUUCGGGUGCGCUGGGCUCACACCCCUGCCUUCAAAGAAAGUCGGACCCCCGGGAAUCAAAGAGUGCCCCGUGGUCAUGGAGGCAGAAGUGGUGGCGGUACAUGAAAUGUAUGGAGGAAGGGCGGUACAAGGGUUAGUCCUUGCGAUCGAGGUCAGAAUCCUGCGAGUCAGCAUCCACGAAGAGCUCCGACUCAAUGGCUUUCGCAAUCGUGUCGACGCGGACAAAUGGAAGCCAAUGAUAAUGAUGUUCUGUGACUUUUACGGGCUCAAGGAUGGAAAGGUGAAGCAUUCAAGGCUGGCAGAGAUCGAGGAGGAGAUGUACAGAGGACUGACCGAAACGACGGGGGAGAUAGAAGAUGAGGUGGACAACGACUUUGCAGAGCACGUCGUCGGCUUGACUGCUUCACACCAAUAG